AUGACUCACUACACGUCCGAUUCUUUACAAGCCAUGAAUGAAGCGAAAAACAUUCUGAACUCAUUAAAGACGACACAAACCGCAAAUAAACUUUCCGAUAAUCCACGUAGCUACGAUUUUAACGUAUUGAAUAAAUAUGCUAAAUGUGGUUCACAGAUGGCUAAAAAAAUGUGCUGUGCUCUUCAGCGUUUCCAACAAGCGUUAAACAUAGUGAUGCAAUCAGAAACGUUAGCAGAAAUACAAGAGAACGCAUUCAUAAGUGAGUUUUCACAAUGUUGUCGUACUGAACGUAUUGUCGCUCAAAUUUCGAACAUAGAAAUGUAUAAAACGAUUAACGAUAUCGUUGAUCGAGUACUUCAACGUUGUUACAACACAUCAAAUACUACGAUCUCACAAGUCGAUGAAGAUGUUCGAAUCUGUUAUGCUACAUUACAUAUAGAUUCACCCAAAUCAACUCUUCAAUUUCUCGGUCUGUGCAAACAAAAGUACCCGAAAUCAACACAUUUUUUUAAAUUAAGUGCUAUAAUGAAUAGCAGUCUGAGGCAAGACGAAGCUAGUUUACAUGAUAUCAAUGCUGGUUUGGAAAUAGAUCCUAAUCAUGAUGAACUCUUGUACCAAAAGGCCGUUUCAUUGAAUCUAUUAAAUAGGAAUGCAGAUGAAACAAUCGAAGCGUAUCGAGCAUUUCUGGCAAUUGCACCUGCAGAUCACUUUAAUGUACCCGCAUCGUAUUAUACAAUCGCUAGUUGUUAUUUAAUACAUGGCAGAGAUGAUGGUUCAAUCGAUAUUGUUAAAAAAGCAUUUGAAGAAGGUGAGAAAGCAGAAAAAAUACAGUUACCAUGCUUUCCACCCUAUGAAUUCAAUAUCAAAAAGCUUCUGCAGUACUUUCUUAACAAGCAGCAUCCACUGAGCGCAGCAGCAGCGGCACCUCCUCUUAAUAAUCGUAAAUCGCGUCUCAUCGAUUCCAAACGCAUUGAAAUUAUUCAAAAACAUCGCGAAGUUCAAGCCAUGAUAUUGUACACUAUGGACAAUUCCAAAUUUCCUUUGCAAUGUUUCACUAGAAAACCUCGUCUCAAGCAACAAACGACCAAGUUAUUGAUUGGUUUGAAAUCUAUUACAUUGAGAGAAAUGAAUCCAACAAAAGAUCAUAUCUACACCGGAUAUGUUCUCUCCGUAACAAUUAUCGAACAAGCAUACUCGUGGACACCAUCAAUUAAUCUCGUGAUCGAAGAUGAAAAUCUUGACUGUGAACGCAUGUGCGUUUAUGGUUUUCUUGAAUCACAAGGCGAAUAUUUCACCAAUGACGUUUUUACAAUCGGAAGUAAAAUGAACAUUUUAAGUCCAUAUUUACGAGUAGCUGCUAAUGAUAUGAAACCCGUAGUUCGUGUGGAUGACUUUCUAUCGAUUAUAAUGCAAAAUGAAUCCGAACAAGUGAUAGAUAUGUGUCGCUGUUGUGGUGAAUCCAAUUCGGCACAUGUUUGUGGUAGGUGUAAAGAAGCACGUUACUGUACAAAAGAAUGUCAGACAACAGAUUGGAAAAUAUAUGGACAUAAACUUAUAUGUAGAAAAAAAUAG